AUGGCAAGUGGGUUUGGGGAAUCAACUAGUGGGGCUCCUCAAAACCCUUCAUUUACUAGCAGCAAUGGAAAUGGUGAUGCUGGUAACUUUGAAUGCAAUAUUUGCUUUGACUUAGCUCAAGAUCCGAUUGUGACUUUAUGUGGCCAUCUUUUCUGUUGGCCUUGUCUCUACAAAUGGCUUCACUUUCACUCGAAAUCCCGGGAAUGUCCAGUUUGCAAGGCUCUAGUGGAAGAGGAGAAGUUGGUUCCUUUGUAUGGUAGAGGGAAAACGUCGACUGACCCAAGAUCAAAGUCCAUUCCUGGUGUUAAUAUUCCUAACCGUCCUGCAGGGCAGCGACCUGAAACUGCUCCUCCUCCAGAACCAAAUCAUUUUGGCCAACAUGGAUUUGGAUUUAUGGGAGGAUUGGGAGCUUUUGCACCAAUGGCAACUGGUAGGUUUGGGAAUUUCACAUUUUCUGCAGCUUUUGGUGGUCUUAUCCCUUCACUUUUUAACCUUCAAGUGCAUGGAUUUCCUGAUGCUGCCAUGUAUGGUCCGGCUGCUGGCUUUCCUUAUGGGUUUAAUUCAUUUCAUGGUGGCCGUCCACAUGUAUUUCGUCAGCACCAAGGUCAAGGACAGCAAGACUAUUAUCUGAAGAGGCUGCUUUUGUUCAUUGGUUUUUGUGUUUUGCUUGCUCUUAUUUGGCAAUAA